UCGACUGUUACGCAGAUUGUUCGGUGGUUGUGCCACACGGUAGUUCGACGAGACGUUUUAUUCUUGUUACUUUUUUUGUGUUCGUAUGUUUCGACGAGUGAAAACAAAAGAUAUGAACAACAACAACACAAACAUACCUACAUAACCACCAAAAUAUCGAACCGAAAACAAAAAAACAAAGAUUUACUCUCGGUGUCUUCGUAAUAUAUGUUUUUUAAACUGUUGUUUUGUUUUUGUGAUUGUUUUUGUCGUGUCGUUUUUUAAAUCCGUGUUUUUCUGACCAUCAUUAGCAUCUUUAUCACCUUUCUCAACACAAGACAUCAAUAUUCUGUGACAAAAAAAACAUCAUCCAAAGUUUAUCUUCUUCCGAAAUUGAUCGGGUAUUAACGUAUUUUUCGAAAACCUUGCUAACAGUUUCCAACGUGUUUUUGGGGGAAAAAAGUAGAAUUUUUACUGAAACAAAGUAUACAAAGUGACGAUAAGACAAACAACGACGGUCGGGACAUUUCGACGGAUAAAGAAAGUUUACACUUUUUUGCGGACCUGUGUGCUUUAUACAAAUUUGAAAAAAUUUAAAAAAAAAAAUUGUUUAUAAGAUUUUUUGGUUAGAUAAAAAAGUAAUGAAAAAGCAUCGUGAGUGCGUCUAGUAAUGGUAAUGAACGCCGUUUCAUCGAGUCCAUCAUCGCCACCAUCCGCUGCAUCUGCUACUGUGCCUGUAUCGAUGGCUGUAACGUCAACAGUGCCGCCUGGGGCACGUAGUGCAUCCCCAUGUUCUGCGGCAACUCCAUACGGCCAACCAAAUACCCGAUGCUGUGAUAGUGGAAGAACAAUAUUCACCGAUCCAAUAACUGGACAAACGGUGUGUUCGUGUCAGUAUGAUUUGUUAAAUUACCCGCGAUUAGCAGCUGCCGGUGGAUUAGUCACCGCUACUGGACCCGGUGGUGUACCGUUGGGUGUCUAUCCGGAAGGUAUGGCUGCAUAUCUGUCCGGUAUGGGAGCCGAACAGCCACCUUUUUAUGCAAAUCCGGCUGGACUGGAUCUUAAAGAAAAUCUAGUCGGAGGUGGAGCGCCUUGGCCAUAUCCCUCUGUAUAUCAUCCUUAUGACGCUGCUUUUGCUGGUUACCCUUUUAAUAGUUAUGGCAUGGACUUAAAUGGUGCUAGACGAAAGAACGCAACCCGCGAAACAACAUCAACCCUUAAAGCCUGGCUGAAUGAGCAUAAGAAAAACCCUUACCCUACGAAGGGUGAGAAGAUCAUGUUGGCGAUUAUAACGAAAAUGACUUUGACUCAAGUGUCUACGUGGUUUGCGAAUGCCCGACGGAGACUGAAAAAAGAAAAUAAAAUGACGUGGGAGCCAAGAAAUCGUGUUGAUGAUGAUGACGCGAAUGUUGAUGAUGAUGAUCAUAAAAGUAAUGACGACAAGGAUAUGCUAGACGCCAAAGAUUCUGUUCAUGGUUCGACUGAAGAUAACGACCGCCAAUCACAUCGCCUCGAUAUGAUGGACAGACCCGAAGGCAAUAACAGCGAAUGGUCUGGAUCACGGCCAGGCAGUCCCAACGGCUCACCCGAUAUCUACGACCGCCCUGGCGGUGGCCAUCCACUCUUUCAUCCGGCGGCGUUACAUCAUCUGAGACCUCCGGCUGGUUCACCACCCGAUCUCAGUCAUCACCUUCAUCAUCCCCAUCAUCAUCAUCCAUCCAAUGGCAGCACCAAUUCGUCUCUAGUAUCGAAACCCCGGAUAUGGUCGCUCGCUGAUAUGGCCAGCAAAGAUGGUAAGGACAGCAAAGAUGGUUCGGGGAGUGAAGGCGGUGGUAGCGGCAAUCCUCCCCCACAUUCAAUUUACGGUCACCCGCAACAACAUUCUUCACCUGGCAAAAUACUAUCCCCGUUAGCUGCCCGCAUGCCAAACUACUCACCCUAUGCGAGGCCCGAUUUGUAUCGUGGUUUCUAUGGGCCAGCAGCAGCGCAUCUAAGCGGACCCUCUCAAGAAUUCCUCGAGCACCACAGAUCCUUUAAUGCCCAAUUGGCGGCGCACAACGGUCUAAGUAUGAAUCCAUUGCUAUGGAAAGCUGCUGUCUCAUCGGCCGGUGGUGGACCUCCAUUUGCACCUCUAAGUCUAACAACGAACAAUCAUCAUCAUGUAGUUCCGCCGUCGGGUGCGUCACCAUCGGCCUCAAGUACAUCUUCCUCGAUCGGUUGUGAUGCACCUCAAGCAGUGUCGUCUAAUCAAGGUCAUCUAGGACAAAGUUCACGACACUCAACGUCCUCCUCGUCAUCGGGGAAACUCUCACCACCCAUUAAUGUAACGACGACGGGUAAGCCAUGACCUUUGCCACUGAUGUCAUCAUCGCCUCCACCACUGCAACAACCACCACUACCACCACAACAACCUACAUCUUCGUCAUCAGCAGUAGUAUCCACCUCGUCGUCAUCAUCUUCGUCGUCAUCCCAUCAAAAUUCGCAUCUUCAACCAAAUCAACUUUCCGCUUUCCGGUCGUUGGUUGCGUUUCGCGAACAGCCUAAGCUUACUCUGCGCCCAUAAAUCGGUUCGGUGUUGCCGUGAUGCAAAAAAAUAAAACGCUUUUUAUUUCUUCUUUUUUUCACGAAUAUAUAUAUAAAAAAAAAGAAUAAAGAAAUGGAAAAUCUUUCGGACAAUAA